AUGCAACAACAACAGUUUAGGUGCAACGACAACAACUGUUGGUGGAUGCAAAAAAUGGCGCACUGUACCACAUUGUUCAUAAUAUUUUUUUUCGGAUUAUUCUUAUUGUCCUUUUCGACGUUGUCAAAAAAGGAUAAAAAAUCGAAAGGAAAGGUGAAGAGUAAAAGUAAAGCACUUACUGAAGAGAAAGGUUCCAGUGGCCAAGAAACCAAGAAAAGGGUCACAGAAAUUGAGUCUUACAGGGUCGAAGAAACAGUUUUACAAAGAAAACUAGUAACAGAAAAUCUAAAACAAGACACAAUAGUGAGAUAUCACAAAACAUUUUGCAAGAAUACAAACAAAUCAUUAACAGGAGAUGUAUUGGGCUAUGUAACUCCAUGGAAUAACCAUGGGUAUGACGUUGCAAAAACGUUUGGAAAAAAGUUCAAUUAUAUUUCCCCUGUGUGGCUUCAACUGAAGAGGAGAAAAGGUGGAAGCUACAUAAUGGAUGGAACACAUGAUAUGGAUAAAAGCUGGAUACAUGAUGUCAAAAAGGCAAAUUCGAAAGUUCACAUAAUUCCUAGGGUCUUAUUUGAAGGAUUUUCAAUGAGUGACUUUCACACCAUCUUUGCAAGCAAAGAGGUUUUAUAUGAACUGGUAGAUUUCAUUGUUGGCUUUACCAAGGAUAAGAGACUUGAUGGCAUUGUUCUUGAAAUUUGGUCGCAGUUUGGUGGGCAUUAUAAAGCUGAAUUAUCAACACUAAUCAAGGAGCUUGGAGAGGCCUUCAUUUCUCAACAAUUGAAAUUCAUAUUGGUAAUACCCCCACCACUGUAUUCUAAAGAUUCGCCCGGAAUGUUUUCAAAGGACGAUUUCGAUUUGUUAUCGCCUGUCGUCGAUGGAUUCAGUCUAAUGACGUAUGACUAUCCGAAUCACGGAAGCCCUGGACCUGUUGCCCCUCUCGAUUGGGUAAGGAGCUGUGUUCUCUCCUUGGCACCCACCCCAGAAUUGGAUCGCUCGAAGAUACUGCUUGGUUUAAAUUUCUACGGUAUGGAUUAUACCAGGGGAGGAGCAUCACCAAUCGUUGGUCACACGUAUAUAGAUGCAUUGAAAAAUAACAAAGUGAAAACAAAAUGGUUGCCUGGUGACAUGGAGCAUUUGGUAGAAUAUAAGGAUUCUAAUGGUCAUUCGCAUAAAGUCUUUUAUCCAACAUUAAAGUCCAUUCAAGAGAGACUGUUGUUAGCAGAAGAACUCGGCACAGGGAUAUCAAUAUGGGAAAUAGGCCAGGGAUUAGAUUAUUUUUAUGAUUUAUUGUGAGAUGAGAACAUCA